GCAGGGUUUGGCGACAGUUGGCUUGGCCCUACGUAACCCUAAUUUCUGUUGCUCUGCUCUGCUCUCAACUGAUCUAAUCUGAUCGAGUUUUCAUUCUUUUUUUUUUUUUUUUUUGUAUAUAUUUAUUAUUAUUUUUGUUUUGUUUUUGGCAAUAUAAGUUUUAGGCCUAGUCGACAGGGCCGAGUUGUAAAAGUGGGGGCAUAUAAAUAUGCCACAGAUGGCCGUUGUAAGUCAGUCAGGCAGCGAUACGCACCCAAGUGAGAUUUACAAAUAGAAUUUCCAAAUCGAAUAUAUAUAUAUCUAUACACAUAUAUAUAUAUAUAUAGCCAAAGGACAUGUAUAUGAUGAGGGGUUUACUAGUCGUGGCCUGCCUGGCAGCCAUUGCUCUGCAGUCUAGCGCCAAGCCGCAGCAGGAGAGGCGCGGCGAGCAAUAUCAGCUGUACCGGCGCCAGCGCAACGAUUACGAUCUGCCCGCCGAGGGUCGCCUCAAUCCCAGCAAGCUGGCAGCUGUGCUGCAGGCGGCGCUCGGAAAUGCCAACAGCGGAAGUAGCAAUGGAUCCGAUCUGCCCACAAGCACUAUUACCACCAUUACGCACACUCCAACCACCUCUACGGGCUCAUCGACGACCAGCACGACUCCGUCGGUGCCCACAUCGCCAACGGCCCGCAACUACGACGAUGACAGCGAUGACGACGACUUCGAGGCCGACGACGGGCAGCAGAACUACCAGGCGGCAUUCGAUGACGAUGGCGAUGCCAACGAGGAGGACGAUGCCAACGAUGUGGCCGGAUUUGAGGGGCACGCCGUGUACCAGCGCAACCAGGAGGAUGCUCUGGCGCGCCAGCGCAAGCAGUUCAAGCGCAAGCAGCAGAUGCAGAUGCGUCGCCGCCAGCAGCAGGCGAAGCAGCGCCGUCGCCAGAAGCGCCGCCAGCAACAGCAGCGCCUGCGCAGGCGCCAGCAGCAGCAGCGCCGCAAGCGCAACAAUCGUCGCAACAUUCGCUUGAUCCAGCGCUUCCUCCAGGCCAACAGGAACAGGAACAGCAGAGGCAACGGCAACAGGAACAGGCGUAUCGUGCGCAUCCGUACAUAGAAACCCCAAGCUAACAUCGCAACGAUCUUUGUGAAAACCAUUCUUGACAUUACAUAGCAAACAAUCUA